GAGGGCCAGCAGCUUUCCUGAUCACCACCCCAUACUCACUCUGCAUCUGCCCCGAGGGCCAGAAUGUCCCCCUGACCUGCCGCAUCAGCGGUCCCCUCGCCGACCGCCACGACCUGCUCUACAAAACCUGGUACUUCAGCAGCAACGGUGACCAGAGCUGCUCCGAGAAGAAGCACAUCCGCAACGUAACCGAGAAGGAGCUGCACCACGACCUGGGCAGGCACCAUGAGCCCCCAGGCAACGGCAGCCAAAAAUCCCCCAGCCAUCACGGGGUGGAGUUUAUCCCCGACCACCACGGUGCCUUUCAUAUCAUGGUGAUGAACCUGACGUUGCAGGACAGCGGGAAUUACUGCUGCUACGCCGUGGAGGCCAGGCGGGAGCACGGCAAGCCCCACACCCUGCAGGUAGCUCACGGCUUUGUAGAGCUGCAGAUCCACAUGCCAGGAGGAGGGCUUCAAAACUGCACGUUUCACACUGCCAGCAGCAAAGAUAUCACAGCCGCCGCGCUGGCGACAGGCGCCUCUGUCAGCAGCAGACGUGCCCACGAGCUGGUCAGGAUGGAGAGCAGUGCCCAGGGCAUUGAAAACCCUGUCUUUGAGGCGGUCCCCUCAGCGAGCGCGGAGCCGCGACCCCGACCCCAGCUCUCCUACAUGGCCAGCCGGCAGCCUUCCGAAUCUGGACGGCAUCUGCUUUCCGAGCCCAGCACUCCCUUGUCACCCCCCGGCCCCGGGGACUGCUUCUUCCCGACGCUGGAUCCUGUUCCUGACUCACCAAAUUCCUUGAAAGCCUAA